AUGGCCAUCGCCUACCAAGUCGGAUUGCCCUGGGCUGGAGGCACUGAGCGCGUCUGCACUUUAAGCGUGGUGCCUGGCGUGAUGAAGCGGCGAGCUGAUGGCUUGGCGGAACUGCUGGAGUUGCUGUACUUCAUGAUCAUACCCGUUCCGCUCCAUUUACACUUCUCUGAGUUUGGUUUAAGCUACACGGCUGGUGCUUCAGUUGCCACGGUAGUGGAGGUGUCAACAAAUAAGGAGCUCACACCAAAUUGGGAAACUGAAAACAGCCAGAGCUUCAAUGACUUUGUAAAAAAUUUCACUGCUCAAUUGAAAAAAGAAUGUAGCGUGGAUCUCCAGAAUUUAAUCAGUGUCGGAAAACUGAGCAUUACUCUCACAUCCGCUGAAGAAGGGAGCGUGGUUGUUCAAUUUUCUGUGACAGCAAACGUGACUAUCUCUUUAGCCGAUAUCAAAAAAAAGAUUGCUGAUUCUUUAAACAAGACUUCAACAGUUUCUACAGUUUCGACCGUUUCAGGUUCUAUCUUUUCCUCAGUGAGCACGACUCCAAGCAAACUCUCAAACAGUGAAAACCCAAACACCACCACUCGCCGGACCAGCACUCCAACAACCAACACUCUUACUGCAACACCCACCACCAAAACCCCCAGCACGACCAAUCUAAUCCCAUCAGCUAUUACCACCACCACCUCAAACACUACCACCCAAAGCCCCACCCCCACCAGCACCACAACUACCACACCAACCUUCACCCUAAUGACCACACCAACAACCUCCUCAACAACCACCUCAACCACAAUGUCAAACUCCACUACACUUAGUACCACCACGACUCCUAUCUUCACUACAGCCUGUGUACCACUGAGAUUCCUUCAAAUUAAUUUGAUAUCAGUGGAAAGUGAAGUCAUCUCCAUCACCUGGGAGACUAACAAUGCAUUCAAACAGCCUCAUUUCAAUGCCACAAUCUCCGCGGGGAACUACACAAAGCAAAUUCAAACUGAGAAACAAGCAGCAGAAUUUAGUGGUUUGCAGCCGGACGUUGAAUAUCAGAUAAUAAUAUCCAUUACAACUUGCGGUCAGCAGCAGACAAUUACAAGGAAGGUCAGGACAGUUGCCUCGGUAGUGGAGGUGUCAACAAGAAUUACAAAUAAGGAGUUCACUCCAGAUCUGAAAAAUGAAAGCAGCCAGGAGUACAAAGACUUUGUAAAGAACUUCACAGAUGAAUUGAUAAAAGGGCUUAGUCCGGCUAUCCAAGAUUUAAUCAAGAGUGGGAAACUGACUUUUACUGUAACAUCUAUUGAAGAAGGGAGCGUGGUUGUUCUAUUUACUAUGGUGACAUCAACAAACAUGACUGUCCCUCUAUCCGAUGUCAAAGUAUCGGUUGCUGAUUCUUUAAACAAAAGUACAACGUUCGAUGUAGACCUUCAAAACACAACCAUUUCAGACAGAGACAGCUGCCAGCCUGGGCUGAAUGAUUGUUCGGUUAAUGGAACUUGUAUCAGGCAGAAUGCAACUUACACCUGUCAGUGUAACGCUGGGUUCACAGACACAAGCCCCAAUGCACCUGGAAGGAUAUGUGAAGUUUCCAUCAUUUCCUCAGCGAGUCCAACUCUGAUCACCAUUUCUUCAACCAGUGAAAAUCCAAACACCAUCACACCCUCGCCCAGCACUCCAACAACCAACACUCUUACCACAACACUCAGCACCAAUCCAAUCACUUCCGUUGUUACCACCACCACCUCAACCACCACCAUCCCAACCAUCACCACUCCAAUAACAAUACCACUAACCACCUCAGCCAAAAAAUCCAAUACCACCCCAACUACCAACCCAACCACCAAGCCAACCACUGCCCAUAACUCCACACCAACUACCAACGCAAUCAUUAUUCUGACCUCCAAUUCAUCCACUGAUCCAACCACAAGAUCAACUUCCUCCUCAACCUCCACCCAAACCUCCUCAAUAAUCACCCCAACCUCAACCGCAACCUUCUCCUCAAAUGCCACCUCAACCGCCUCAACAAACACCCCAACCUCCUCCUCACACUCCAGCCCAACCACCUCAACAAUCACCCCAACCUCGACCCCAACCUCCAACUCAAAGUCCACCCUAACCACCUCAACAAUCAGCCCAACCUCAACCCCAACCUCCUCCACAAACUCCACCCUAACCGCUUCAACAAUCACUCCAACCUCAACCCCAACCACCUCCUCAAACUCCACCCUAACUGCUUCAACAAUCACCCCAACCUCAACCCCAAACUUCUCCUCAAACUCCACCUCAACUGCCUCAACAAUCACCUCAACUUCUUCUUCGAACUCCACUCCAACCACCUCAACAAUCAGCCCAACCUCAACCCCAACCUCCUCUUCAAACUCCACCCUAACCGUUUCAACAAACAGCCAAACUUCCUCCUCAAACUCCACCCUAACAGCCUCAACAAUCACUCCAACCUCAACCCAACCCUCAUCCUCAAACUCCACCCUAACCACCUCAACAAUCACCCCAACCUCAACCCCAAACUCCUCCUCAAACUCCACCUCAACCGCCUCAACAAUCACCCCAACCUCAACCCCAACCUCCUCUUCAAACUCCAUCCCAAUCGCUUCCACAAUCACCCCAACCUCAACCCCAACCUCCUCCUCAAACUCCACCCUAACAGCCUCAACAAUCACUCCAACC